AUCAUCGCCCCCAGCAUCACCAUCGCCAAAACACCAACAUUCAUCACCGCCUCCCGAAUGCCCGCGCCUCCCCCGACAUGCGCAUCAUCAAGCCCUCGUGGCUGAGCCACAGCGGCGAGCAGAAGGAUUUCGAGGUCUACAGCUGCCACGUCUCGCCCGACGGCAAGCGAAUCGCGACGGCGGGCGGCGACGGCCAUGUGCGCAUCUGGUCCACCGACGCCGUCUAUCACGCCAACGAUGGCGACUACAAGAAGCCUCGCCAGCUGUGCCACAUGAGCCACCAUCUGGGCACCAUUCAUUCCGUGCGCUUCUCGCCCAAUGGCCGGUAUCUGGCCAGCGGCGCCGACGACAAGCUCAUCUGCGUGUAUCAUCUGGACAAGGGGCCGCCAGCACCGACAUUUGGCACCAACGAGCCGCCGCCGGUCGAGAACUGGAAGACAUAUAAGCGAUUGAUUGGACACGAAAACGAUGUGCAGGACUUGGCUUGGUCCUACGACUCCUCGCUGCUCGUGUCUGUCGGGCUCGACUCCAAGGUCGUGGUCUGGUCGGGCCACACGUUUGAGAAGCUCAAGUCGAUUCCCGCGCACCAGAGCCACGUCAAGGGCAUCACCUUUGACCCGGCCAACAAAUUCUUCGCCACUGCCAGCGACGACCGAACCAUCAAGAUCUUCCGCUUCACCCCGCCCGCGCCGAAUGCGACCCAGCAUGACAUGAUUAACAAUUUUGUCCUCGACGCCACCAUCAGCUCCCCGUUCAAGAGCUCCCCCUUGACUACAUAUUUCCGACGGUGUUCUUGGUCUCCGGAUGGGAAUCACAUUGCUGCCGCCAAUGCAGUCAAUGGCCCCGUUAGCUCCGUCGCUAUCAUCGAACGCACGAGGUGGGAUAGCGAGAUCAACCUGAUCGGACACGAGGCGCCAACCGAGGUUUGCAUGUUCUCGCCUCGACUCUUUCAUACUGUGAAGCCUGGUCAGAACGGCGCGGCCAACGGCCACGGUGGCCAGCUUGUCACCGUUAUUGCGUCGGCCGGUCAGGACAAGACAUUGAGUAUCUGGAAUACCAACACUUCCCGCCCUGUUGUAAUAUUGCAGGACAUUGCGGGCAAGUCUAUUUCUGAUCUGGCGUGGACACCAGAUGGCCAGACCUUGUUUGCGUCUAGUUUGGACGGCAGCGUGGUUGUCGCCAAGUUUGAUGAGGGCGAGCUAGGGUGGGUGGCUCAGCAGGAGGAGAAUGCCAAGGCAUUGCAGAAAUAUGGUGGCUCAAGGAAGGGCAUGGGCAUCGCCGAGGAUGUGGAUGGGUUGAUGCUGGAAGAGCAUGCCAAGGCCGGAGAGUCAAGGGCCGUGCAGUCUAGAAUGGGUGCUCUCAUGGGCGAUUUCCAACCCGAGUCUGCAAAGGAGUCUACUCCAGCAAGCAAGGCCGAAUCCUCUGCGUCGGUCCCGGAAAAGUCGACUGCUAAUGGAGGUGCAGAUUCGGACAAGGAAAAGGAGAAAGACAAAGACAAAGAGACCAGUGAAAAGCCAGAAGAGGCUGCAGACAAGACGGCCGAACGGGUUCGUGAAUUAAAGUCUCGGGUUACUGUCGGAAAGGAUGGGAGGAAGCGCGUGGCUCCGCUCUUGGUCUCGUCAUCCGGCACAGGGCAGUCAUCUCUACCCCAGAGCCAGCUUGUCGGAUCAACGACGACGAAAAACACACAAAAUGAGGCCCCGCAGACGAUACUGGAUCUUUCAAAACCCUUUGAUGGACUGCCAAAGGGGGGCAUUGUCGCCAUGCUACUUGGAAAUAAGCGCCGUGCUGCCACUACCGAUCUCGACGAGGAUGAGGAGCCUGCAGCUAAGCGGGUGACUGGUGGUCCAACGGCUGUUGUGACCAACGGGGCCGAUGGCGUUGAGCAUGCCGCGCUUGUUCCUGUCGAGCACGGCGUUAUUCCCACUCCCGAAUUUUUACGGCCGGCGGUGCUGAAUCCGUCCAUUUCCUAUGCCCAGGUCCGCCUGGCUGUUCCCAAGAUACGAUCACAUAUCUUGCGGCCGCUUGAGCGAGGCGUGCUACAACCCGACGCCGCCUCGCUGGAAGACGCAUCCAAGCUUCCAGAGAACAUCAUCCUCGAGGCCAAAAACGAUAUCAACCCCCGUGAUCCAGCCCAUGUUCUUGUUACGCAGAGAGGAGUCUUAAUAUGGCAGGAAUUCUUGCCACGAGCUGUCAUCUUGGUGACUGCCAGCAAGUACUUCUGGGCUGUGGCCUGUGAAGAUGGCUCGCUACACGUUUGGACUCGUGCCGGCAGACGCCUUCUGAACCCCAUCAUCCUGGAAUCACAGCCUGUCAUCCUCGAAUGCAGAGAUUAUUGGCUGAUGACCAUUACAGCCGUCGGAUUGGUCCAUGUCUGGGAUCUCAAAACACAAUCUUCUCCCCACCCUCCUGUGUCCGUGGGCCCCAUACUGGAUAUUGCGACAGCAUCACUAAAUCAGCAUUCUGCUACCCCUGGGCCGGGUAUCACGUCCGCCCAUCUGAAUUCUACUGGCCAUAUUAUCGUGACCUUGACAAAUGGCGACGGCUACUUUUAUGCGCGAGACAUGUACACGUGGCAACGGCUGAGCGAGGCAUGGUGGGCAGUGGGUUCUCAGUAUUGGAACUCGAACGAUUCAUCCAUCUCAGCCCUACAAUCUACUGCUGUUGGACCCAACUCGAAGGAUGACAAGGACAAAAGCAGCCAAGCUGUCACCGUAUCAUCAGGCAUCAUUCCGUUCCUUGAGCGACACACAACCAACGAGUUUCUUCUUAAGGGGAGGGCUUACGCACUGCAGCGAAUCAUUAAGAUGGUCAUGCAAAAGUCCGAGGCCGAAGGCCUGGAGAGCAGCGUCAGCAUUGCCCAUUUGGAGAACCGCAUCGCUGGUGCCUUGCAGCUAGGGGCAAGCGACGAAUUCAGAUUAUACCUGUUCAUGUACGCCAAGCGAUUGGGUGCCGAGGGUGCCAGGGGCAAGGUCGAAGAGCUUCUCAACAGCUUGCUGGGCGGUGUGCUUGAAGAGAAAGACUCGGAGAAGGCCGAUGGCCGCGGCUGGUAUAGUCGGGAUGAGCAGCUCUGUGGAUGGGAUCGGAAAGAACUCUUAAAGGGAGUGGUUCUUAUUCUUGGCAAAUAUCGCGAGCUACAGCGCCUCACGGCCCAGUACGCGAGAUUGAUAGACUUGAACUUGGAUGAUGGCUCGGCAGAUGUUGAUACCAUGGAUGUUGAGGCGUAGACUACUUAGUUACACAGAAACAAUAUGUGUACACCUGCCUGUAUAUUAAGACGGAACCUGCUGUGUAAUUGUAAUAAUGAAUAUUUUCAUUAAAAGUGUCGAUUCGAUUAGCUCAUGGAUAGAGUAGCUGCAAGUUGAGUCUUUUGUCGGCUAGUGUCUAUUGCUUUUACAAUUGAUCUCCAG